CGCCUUCCUUCUCCAGCAGCAGAGCACACUGUCACAACCCACAUCCAUCUCUAGCUUCUACUCCAGCUGAAGCACACACGCACCAAGGCAGACUCCAUGGACGCCGUGGAGUCCUCCACUUCGCCCUACUCGCCGCCGUCGCUGCGCCACAAGCUGCGGACCACCGUCUGCGGCUGCUUCUGCUCGCCGUCCUCGCCAGGCAGCGGCGGGGAGAGGCCGCAAAGCGGGGUCAGGACCAGGUGGAGGAGGCGUGUGGCGGCCGCGGGGGAGUUCAGGUACGACCCGCUCAGCUACGCGCUCAACUUCGACGACGGCGGCAGCGACGACGGCGCGGAAGCAGAGGACGCAGCCUUCCGGCACCGGAACUUCAGCUCGCGCCUGCCGCCCUCGCCGGCGCCGGCCUCCCGAGCCGUCGCCAUCGCCUGAAGUCGGGAAUCGAAUCGUGGUAGCUAGCGGCCGUCCUUUACUGCUUCUGUAGCUUUUGUCUCUCUGCUUCUUCUUCUUCUUCUCCAAGUGAAAUUGUAUGAACGCUGCGAGUAUGUGAAAGCAGUUUAUACGGGCGUGCAAAUCGCAGCGGUGUGGUAGUAACAGUGUACCAGUAGCAUCAUGUAUACAUUACAUAUAGUAGGAAUCAAUCAACCAAUUUUAAUGUUC